AUUUGACCGAGUUUGAAGCUUAAGGCUCAAGUUCUACUAUUAAUGUUACAAAAAGCUUGGGAUUAAAAAAAAAAAAAAACCAGAAUUUAAAAGCUUAUUUGGCCACGUGGCAAAAAUCCGUCGUGGGUUUCAGGCUGGCUGGCCAACCUAUAAAGCUGAAUGGAAUAUAUGAAGAAUCCCUUUCCUUUUGCCCUUUGCAAUACCUUCGUCAACCAGAAAGAUCAGAAACAUUCGAUGUUGAGUGAAAGUGUGGUGGAGAAAUUAGUAGAGGGUAGAUGACCCCACAACGAAGACGGGAAGAAAGUGUUAGAAUCGAAACCACUCCCAACACAGCAACGUCGAGAUUCAAUCCAUCCUGGUUUUGGUGAUUUUUACAGAGGUUGUGGUACAGUAGUUGACCAAGUUCUAAAAAGAUUCGACUGUUUUGUUGGAUUUUCGUUUUUACCUUUUCAGCUCAUGCCUGGUUUUUUGCGUAGGAUCCAAGUAGUCUCCCACUUCCAGUUACUCAUUGCUGGGAAAAAUCAUAUUUGGCGAUAUGGAGUGGCCGUCACUGUCACUGUCGCUGUCCAAGGCUCUUGAAGAUAGAAUUUGCGAUGAAGCUCGUCAUUCAGAGGAUGAAUUCAAGGAGCAAGAAGAUAUUUAUUAUGCUAUUGCACUUUCCCUUUCAGAACAGGACCAGAAAGGAAAAAAAUCAAUUGACAAGGAAUCCCAAUUGGAGGAAUAUAAGCAGCUUGCUAGAGCUCAAACCAAGGAAGACGAACAUAUCGCUAAAGCUCAAUUGGAAGAUGAUGAGCAGCUUGCUGAAGCUCUUCAAAAAAUCAUGUACAUGGAGUCUCCUCCUCACUGUGAAACUGAAAAUAUAUUUCAGCCUCAUCCAUUCAACUUUCCAUCUGAAUACAGGAUCUGUGCUCGCUGCAAAACUGAGAUUGGCGGUGGAGAAUUUUUGACAUGCAUGGAUGCUGAUUGGCAUCCUGAAUGUUUUCGUUGUCAUGCUUGCAACUGUCCUAUUACUGAUAGUGAGUUCUAUAUAUCUGGCAAUCGCUCUUAUCACAAAUUGUGCUAUAGGAAGCAGCGUCUCCCAAGAUGUGAAGUUUGCAAGAAUUUUAUCCCAGCAAGUUCAAAAGGUCGUAUUCCGUAUAUGGAGCAUCCUUUCUGGAAGAACAAGUACUGCCCCUCACAUGAACAUGAUGGUACUCCUCGGUGUUGUAGCUGUGAAAGAAUGGAGCCGAGGGACACAAGAUAUCUGUUGCUUGAUGAUGGUCGAAAACUAUGCCUAGAGUGUCUAAACUCGGCCAUUAUGGAUACUGAAGAAUGUCAACCACUUUACCUUGAAAUACAGGAAUUUUACGAAGGUUUAAAUAUGAAAGUGGAGCAGCAAGUUCCAAUGCUCUUGGUUGAAAGACAAGCACUAAAUGAGGCAAUGGAGGGAGAAAAGCAUGGUCAUCAUCACUUGUCUGAGACCAGAGGACUUUGCUUGUCAGAAGUACAGACUGUCCCUACUAUCUCAAGGAGGCCAAGGAUUGGGGCAAACCACCAGUUCAUAGACAUGAGAACUGAGCCUUGUAGGCUGAUCCGAAGAUGUGAAGUGACGGCAAUUCUUGUUUUAUAUGGCCUUCCUAGGUUAUUGACUGGGCAAAUCCUGGCACACGAGAUGAUGCAUGCAUGGCUAACGCUUAAUGGUUACCGCAAUCUGAGUCCAGAGGUUGAAGAAGGUAUCUGUCAGGUCUUAGCUUAUAUGUGGUUGGAGUCUGAGCUGUCUACAGCAUCUGGAGGUGAUGCUGUACCAUCAACAUCAUCCUUGUUUUCAUCACUCGCUUCCUCCUUAUCCUUUUCUACAUCAACAUCAUCCUUGUUUUCAUCACUCCCUUCCUCCUCAUCCUUUUCUACAUCAUUAAAAAUGGGUAAACGAUCUGACUUUGAGAAGAAAUGUGGUGAUUUUUUUAAACACCAUAUUGAGGUAGAUGCAUCCCCAACUUAUGGAGAUGGAUUCAGGAGAGGUAGGCAGGCGGUCGACAAAUACGGCCUGAAGAGCACUCUUAAGCACAUUCGACUGACAGGAAGCUUUCCUUAAGUUGUAGGGUAAUGUUAAUGGAGUUUUUCCUCCACAUGGAUCAAUGCAUUGCCCUCCCUGCCAUAUUCAGUUCACUUUGACCGAAGUCACUUAAAAUAAGUCAGUGUGACUGGAAAUGACAAAAUUUAGAAUAAAGAUAAUGAUUUCUCUUAUUGUAAUCUCCUCCCGGCCGCGUAAUGGUGCUAUGUUAUUAUACUUCUAUGUAUUGAAACAAGGAACAUAAAGAAUGCAUGUACGUUUUCUCA